ACAAUAAACGUGACGAUCUUUUAUCGGGGGCAAAAUUUUGGCCUUGCCGCGCGAAGUUCCUAUUCCCUCGCUGAAUCGCUCUCUCUCUCUCUCUCUCGCGCGCGCGCCUGCUGAAAGCAGCUUAGACGGUGGCGGCUCCCAUCCCCGCAGUCGCCGUGCUGGUAAGACCCCUCGCCGCCAAGUCCUCUUACUCCGCCGGAGUCGUCUUUUCUAUUCACCUGUGUUUCGCCACCCUCAAUUGUACGAAGCCCUCACUCUGCUGAUAUUUGAGCCAAAAGAAAAGAGUAUUCAAGCACAUUAGAGAACAAAUUAGAAACAAAAAGCAGAAGUUAGGGAUAGAGAGAGAGAUGAGGGCAUCGACGAGGAAGAAUGUACAGAAGAAGUUCAAGAUCAGAGGCUACACUCUCAAAGUCGAAGCUCUGGAUGAGAUACUCUCCUUCCUAAGCCGCUUCGAAGAUGAAAAUGAAGCUAUAGAUAUCCUUCUGGACGAACUUGAAAACGAACCCCUGAAGUCUUCUACGCUAGACAAAGAAUCAGUGCAUCGGGUAGUCAGCCUUCUGUUAAAGGCUGAGGCCGCUGUUGAGGAAAGCCCUUGUUCCAUCAGCAGUCGAUCUGCUCUUCGCAUAAUUGAUGCCUUCUUGGUCCCUAAAUUUUGCUACGAUCCCAUUAAGAAGCUCUUCCACGAGCAUACAGGAAGGCUUCCGAUUCAUGGUGAUGCUUCAGCAAAAGCUGCUUUGUAUAGGGACAGGUACCUUUUGUUGCUUCAGAGGCUUUCUCGCCAUCACCAUUUCUCUAAACCUGCAUUUGAUACUGGAGUGUCACGUUUUGGAAGCUGUGAGAUUUCUCCGAUUCAAUCACUGAUUGGACAAACAGGGAGGAAAUGGGUUAUGGGUGUGAUAUCUCAGUUGGAAGAUGGGCAUUUUUACUUGGAAGAUCUUACUGCAUCAGUGGAGAUUAAUUUGUCAAAUGCAAAGAUUACUACAGGAUAUUUUUCAGAGAAUACCAUAGUUGUAGCAGAAGGUGAGAUGCUACUGGAGGGUAUUUUCCAGGUGAAGACAUGUGGAUUUCCUCCAUUAGAGGAGAGGGAUGAGUCACUGAAAUUACUAGCUGGAUUUGAUUUCUUUGGUGGUGGUAUGCUAACAAAAGAGGAGACACUCAGGCUUGCAAGUCUGGAAAUGAAUGCAGUGAAUGACAUGUUUGUCAUACUCUCUGACAUUUGGCUAGAUGAUGAGGAGACUAUGGGAAAGCUCGAGACUGUCCUGGAUGGUUAUGAGAAUGUGGAGGUGGUUCCUUCUCUAUUUGUUUUCAUGGGAAACUUUUGUUCUCGCCCAUGUAACCUGUCCUUCCAUUCCUUCUCAAAUCUUAGAUUGCAGUUUGGAAAGCUUGGACAAAUGAUUGGAGCCCGUCAACGUUUGAAAGAGCACUCUCAAUUUCUAUUUAUUCCGGGUCCUGAUGAUCCAGGUCCAUCAGCGGUUCUGCCCAGGUGUGCUUUACCAAAGUGUUUUACUGAAGAGCUUCAGAAGCACAUUCCCAAUGCCACAUUCUCCAGUAAUCCUUGCAGAAUCAAGUUUUACACACAAGAAAUUGUACUUUUCCGUCAGGACCUGCUGUACAGGAUGCGACGUUCAUGUUUAAUGCCCCCCUCUACAGAAGAAACCAGUGACCCUUUUGAGCAUCUCGUGGCCACCAUUACACAUCAAAGUCAUUUGUGCCCCCUCCCUCUUAGUAUACAACCUAUUAUCUGGAACUACGAUCACUGUCUUCAUCUCUAUCCAGCUCCACAUGCGAUAGUUUUGGGAGACAGUAGCGAGCAGAAGGCAUUCAAAUACACAGGAAUUACAUGUUUCAAUCCUGGUUCCUUCUCAAAUGACAGCACUUUUGUGGCAUAUCGCCCUUGUACCCAAGAAGUUGAAUUAUCAUCCUUAUAGGCGUCACAAGGUUAUCUUCUUCCCUUGGUAUUUUUAUGCAGCAGAAAAAUGUAGUUCAACACAGGGUUGGCGAUACCAACUCUUGGAUUUUUUUUUUUUUUUUGGUCUUUUUUGUUUGUGUAAGUUUCUGUAAUUUUAAAGCAUUUGUAGACAUUAGCUUUGCUAGCCGCUAGAAGUAUAAUGAUAUACACAUUACGGGUGUGAAAUUGCUCCCAUUCCUAUUAAUAGAUUCCUCAUUCCCAAUCA